GAGUACCAUCAUAUUCAUCACCACCAUUCUCAUCAAUUUAUCACCAUCUGUCCCUUCAAGAAGCGGGCAUUCCAGUACUUAAUUCCUUUCAAUUCCUUCUGCCAUCUGUAGUUACUUAAGCUACGGACUCCCGGAGAUGGUGAAAUUCUCGAAACAGUUUGAGGCUCAGCUGGUUCCCGAGUGGAAAGAUGCCUUCGUGGACUACCGGCAACUGAAGAAGGACCUUAAGAAGCUUCAACUAUUGAAGCUCAAACGGGUCGAGGCAAAUCACAACCAGGAACCUGAAGAUGGCGGGAAGAGAAGCUGCUGCUCCUCCACCUUCCAUCGCAUGCCUUUCCUUCUCAAGCAAUAUGCCAUGCGUCUAUGUGGCCGUUCAUCCAAUGAACAUGAAGCCAUACAGGUGCACAGGAAGCUUGCUACUUCUGCUAGCAAAGGGGAUGUUUACGAAACCGAACUCAUGGAGCAGUUCUGCGACGUCGAGGGAGCAAAAGGCUUCUUCUCAAUGCUGGACAUGCAGCUCAACAAGGUGAACCAGUUCUACAUGGACAAAGAAAAGGAGUUUCUGGAGAGAGGGGAGACGCUGGAGAAGCAGAUGGCCAUUCUCACUGAGCUCAAGGACACCCUCAGGCAGCAACGCAGCAAGCAAGGACUUGCCUCCAAAGAAGAAGAUCCUUCCAUCUCCAGCGCUUCAUUCUCAUUGUCAGGCUUCACAGAGGAAGAAGAGUCUCUUGCAGAAGACCCCAACAUGAUAGAUUUGGAGAAAAACGCGUCCUCCCUCUCGGGCUGGCCUCAGUCAGCAGAGGAGCUGGAGAAGAGCAAUAGGUUCAUCAAGAAGGAAGAGAAGAAGCUGAGUUUGUCGAGAAGCUUCUCGGCGAAGACCAUCAAUUGCCAGGGGAGAAACCUGAGGGUGGAGGUGCCCCUAACUACGCCUUCCCGUACCCUCUCUGCUCUCACUUACUUGUUGAGGGAGGACUUGAUGAACCAGUCCAAGAAAUGUGGACCUGAUGGGAACAAGCUCAACAUAAACAAGGCCACACUGCACCAGGCUGAGAAGAUGAUACGUGGUGCCCUCAUUGAGCUCUACAAAGGUCUCGGAUACCUGAAGACAUACAGGACUCUCAAUAUGAUGGCCUUCGUGAAAAUCUUGAAGAAAUUCGACAAGGUUGCAGAGCAGCAGAUUCAACCUAUCUACAUUAAGGUCGUCGAGAGUUCAUACUUCAACAGCUCCGAUAAGGCACUCAAAUUAGCCGAUGAGGUGGAGGAGAUCUUUGUGAAGCACUUCAUGGACAAUGACCAUAGAAAAGCAAUGAAGUACCUCAAACCCCACCAACGGAAAGAAUCUCAUGCAGUCACCUUCUUUAUUGGACUUUUCACAGGAUGCUUUAUAGCAUUGUUUGCUGGGUAUGCGGUCAUGGCCCACAUAGCUGGCCUUUACACAAGGCAAGCUAAUUCUGUGUACAUGGAGACUGUGUACCCUGUGUUUUGCAUGUUCAGCCUCCUGUUCCUUCAUCUGUUCCUAUAUGGAUGCAACAUCGUGACGUGGAAGAAAGCUCGCAUCAACUACUGCUUCAUCUUCGAGUUCAAACCCACCAAGGAGCUCAAGUACAGGGAUGUGUUCUUGAUAUGCACCACCUGCAUGACUGCUGUUGUGGGAGUCAUGGUGGCCCACCUCUACGUUGUGGCAAAAGGCCAUUCCUCCACACAAGUGCAUGCCAUCCCUGGGCUCCUCCUCCUGGUCUUUUUACUGCUGCUGGUUUGUCCUUUUAACAUUGUGUACCGAUCGAGCCGAUUUUGUUUCCUUCGAGUCAUGAGGAACAUUGUCUUAACGCCCCUCUAUAAGGUUGUCAUGGUAGACUUCUUCAUGGCAGAUCAGCUCUGUAGUCAGGUUCCCAUGCUGAGAAGCCUAGAGUACGUGGCCUGUUACUACAUAACAGGAAGCUACAGAACGCAGGACUAUAACGUCUGCACCCGAUCCAAGCAUUACAGAGACCUUGCCUACGCCGUCUCCUUCCUUCCCUAUUAUUGGAGAGCAAUGCAGUGUGCCAGGCGAUGGUUCGACGAGGGGCAGAGCAACCACCUAGUUAACCUAGGAAAGUACGUGUCUGCCAUGAUCGCUGCUGGGGCGAAGAUAGCUUAUGAGAGAGACAGGAGCGUCGGAUGGUUGUCCUUGCUUGUUAUCACCUCGAGUGCAGCGACAGUUUACCAGUUAUACUGGGACUUCGUUAAGGACUGGGGCUUGCUGCAGUUCAACUCCCGAAACCCUUGGCUAAGAAACGAAUUGAUGCUUCGUCACAAGUUCAUAUACUACUUUUCUAUGGUUGUGAACCUUGUUUUUAGAUUGGCUUGGUUGCAGACUGUCCUCCACUCAAACUUUGGGAGUGUGGAUUAUAGGGUGACCGGAUUCUUUUUAGCAUCCCUUGAAGUGAUCCGAAGGGGCCAAUGGAAUUUCUAUAGGUUGGAAAAUGAACAUUUGAACAAUGCUGGCAAAUUCAGGGCUGUCAAGACUGUGCCACUUCCCUUUCAGGAAGUGGAUGAAGAUUAACGAUACCCCGCAAGUCGUACGCCAUAAGUAACAUAUGGCAAAAUGC